AUGAAGGCCCUCUCUAUUGCCGUUUUUGCUCUGGCAGCAUCUGUGUUUGGCAUGCCUAGCUCGGAGAGAGCUGUGCGGGAUGAUACCCUUCACAGUGUCAACGACUUGUCCGACCAUCUUGCAAGUGGUCUGAGCGACGUCCGUACGAACACUGGAGCCAUCAACGCUACCAUCUCGGACUUCAAAUCUGGUCACAUCUCCAAGGACGAAGCAUCCACACAGGUGGCGCAGCAAUUCGAGCUUGUCAACGUCAAGCUAUCCGUCAUUCUCGAAACGAUUCUCGGCUCCGUAGGCCUUGAUGUUGACGGAGCCAACCUCGACAAGCUUCUCGGAGGCACCACUGAGCUCUUCUCCGAGGUCCUGUACACCGUCAAGGGCGUCAUAACCACCUUGGGCCUUAGCAAGACACUCUCAGCCGCUGUCAACGCCAUUGUUUGCGUUCUCGGCGACCUCACAAAGGCUCUCGGUGAAAUCCUUGGCAAGGUGCUGCCAAACCUGCUCCCGACGCUGGUCAAUACGCUGAAGAACCUGGUUCAGAAACUUCGCACCGGGCUUCUUUCGGGGCUUUUGUCGCCUGUUUUGAGAGAUCUUGCGUCUAUCCUUGAUGGACUGGCACAUUAA